AUGUCUGUGCGAUCCUACUGUGGACCACCUAAUCCAUGCAUCAAUAUUCUGGGCAGUUUACGAGAUACAACUGUCGAUGGAGGAUUAUAUAUGUAUGAAACGAAUAAUAUAAUUAAAGGGCAUCGAGCCUCUUUUUUUGGAAAUCUCUUUGGUACAGGCAGCUUGCGAAGGACUAGCUACUAUUCAAGCUCUGUCCCCGAUCCCUUAACUGACAGAUCAAUGCUGAUCUCCACUAUACUAAAUAAAGAAGAAAAACGAGCAGUUCUAGAAUAUGUAGGAAACGAAAGUUCUUUAUUAGCAGUGGGUGUAUGUGAACUUCUGGAAGAAUCAAAUGGUUCAUGGCAGAAUCCUCGAAGAGGAGUUGUGUGUUUAAUCAAAGAAAAUCCAAAUAAGAUAUAUUCAAUAAGCUUAUUAAAACCUUCAACUACAAAAAUCAUUUGGUGUCAACGAAUAAGUCGUUCAUUUCAAACCACCAAAGAUCACGACCAUUUGGUAACAUUUGAAAUUGGCUCGAAAGACACGAACGACACAUGCAUUUACGGUUUGAACUUCUAUGAUGCUGAAGAAGCACUUCGAUUUCAUUCAUCUGUCAUGGAACAGUAUGAAAGCCAUUGCGCAAGAAAUCCACAUAGAGUGGCUCCCCAACGGCCAGCUGAACAUUCUUCAAAACCUAUUGUGCUAACAGAUGAUUCGUUGAGUGCAGUUACAGUUGAUUCUACUGAAGAGCUCGCUCUACCUCUGAAGACAAAGAAAAAUAGUUUAUUUGGUGGUUUCUUUAGCCGUAAGAACAAGAAGAAGAAGAAAGAGAAGAAAAUAGAAUCGAAACAUAGGCUGACACCUGAUGAUAUUUCCAAUCCAACAGACUUUGAGCAUCUAUGUGGAGCUGACUACACUACGGAAGAGAGAGAAGCUGUCCAGAUACUGAAAGAGCAGAUUAAGUUUGAUGAGAAUGAUCCGGGUCAAAGAGAGCUCCUUCGAAAGUUUGCUACAGAACACCAUGCUGCUAUACGAGCGUCCAUUCGUGCUAAGCCAAACGAAAGUUUCCAACGCGGAACAUCUGGUUUAGAAGGUGCGCGGAGCAGCAUAAUGAUACAUAAGACGACAAAAGGAUACACUCCCAGGGAGAUCAAGAGAACUUCUGGCAACAAGAAGAACGAAAGCAUUCAGGAAGAAAGAGAACCGACUUCUUCUGCUGAUGAAGAUAAGAACUCUAAUGAGGAACCUGAUAAACCUUUCGAUCCUGUUCAUCCUGACUGGGAAAAGGACUCAGUUGUUCCAUCCUUCUCUCCGCGUCCUCCAAGCCAUUCUACUCACUCAACUGGUUACAAUACUCACAGAUACUCAAAUAAUAAUAAUGAAUAUGAUUAUAAGGAAAAAAGUUUAACAUUUACUGACUCCAAACCUUUGCCAAGCCCAUCUCCAGCUCCUCCAGCACCUACGAGAACAGCAUCUCGAAAUCAGUUUGUCAGACAGAAUACACCUCCACAUCCCAGAACAAUAGCAGAUCGGGAUCCAUCUCGACCUCGUUUGCCUGGCAAUGAUGAACCUAUUCCAUCUCGAUUAACAUAUCAUUUCACAAGACGUUUGUCGAGCUCACCGCCAUCAUCGCCUCCUCCUGUUCCCAUAUCUUCUCCUAUACGACCUCCACCGCCCAUAUCUAGCAAAGCUAGCGGCUCGGUUUCUCCUCCUCCAAUACCUCCACCACCAGUAGUGCACACUGUAGCUUAUGAUACCAUUUCACCACCUCGUGAAUCUUCUCCUUGUCCGCCCCCUAUUCUACCACCUACAUUAGAAGCCAAAAAUGCUGGAGCGUCUUCAGUACCCAAGGCACCACCACCACCGCCACCCUGUGAAGCUUCUCCACCAUCUCCACCUCCUCUACCACCUACACUACUCGUGCAGGCUGCUGCAACUUCACCUGUUCGCAACGCACCACCACCACCACCUCCCUUGGGUGGGCUGAAUCUAGCGCCCAAAAUUAGCUCAACUACCACUAGUCCAUCUCUCAGUCCGGGUCCUCCAGUCAGUCCAGAUCGAAGAAGUUUCUUAGACGAAAUCCAGAACGUUGAUAAAUCCAAACUCUUACGAUCACCGAAUGCUCCUUCAUUGCCUCAAAAGCAGAAUAAUGAAGUUGAUGGCAGUAUAAUGUCUUCGAUUCAACGAAUGAUGGAUUCAAUUCGUCCUCAACUUGGGGAUAGUGAUUCUGAUUCUGACGAUAGCACAUCAACUGACUCUGAUUGGUCUGAGUGA